AUGGCAAACGUAGCCCUCAUCGGCGGCACCGGCAUGGUGGGAAGCCACAUCCUCACCACCCUCCUCAGCCACCCCUCCAUCAACCGCGUGGACACCAUCUCGCGCCGCACACCCGCAGCAGCCAGCCAAGCGCAAACGAAGCUAACAACCUUCGUCGAACCCGACACCUCAAAAUGGGCCUCCGAGCUAACCUCGCUCACACCCACGCCCGAGAUCUUCAUCUCUGCAUUCGGCACAACGCGCGCCGCAGCAGGCGGGUUCGAAAGCCAGUACGCCGUGGAGCAUGGGCUGAACGUUGAGAUGGCGCGGGCCGCGCGCGACGCCGGCACACGGGUUAUGGUGCUGAUCUCGUCGACGGGGGCGAGCAAGGAUGCGAGUAUGGCGUAUGCGCGGAUGAAGGGCGAGAUUGAGGAGGAUGUCAAGGCGCUGGGGUUCGAGCGGACGGUUAUUUUGAGGCCCGGGCUGAUUGCUGGGACGAGGGACGAGAGCCGGCCUUUGGAGGCUGCGGCGAGGUUUGUGGCGGGUUGGGCCGGGAAGGUUCAUCAGGGCUUGAAGAAUGGGUGGGCGCAGGAUGCGGAUGUUAUUGGCAAGGCGGCGGUUAAUGCGGGGGUGAAGGCGCUGGAGGGGGAUGUUCCUACGGGGAGUGAGAAGGUUUGGUUGUUGAUGGGGAGUGAUAUUAUUCGGGAGGGGAAGUAGUUUCUUCUUUAUGGUCUUUUAUGAUGCUUACUUUGCGCGGUUACUUCUGUUCAUGAUCUUACUGUGAUUAGUGCUUGAUACUGUAUAUUUCUAGUCGUACACUCAUAUAUUGAUGCUUUAUUUGAUAACCCUAAUAGCAGUCCUAGCAGUAUUCAUACACGACCAAAACCAAAGUAC